CCGCCGCCCGCAGCUUUCUACCGGCCGCGGGGCCCCUGUGCCGGAGAACGGGCAUCGCUGCGGGACCGAGCGGAGCACGGCAGCGGCUGGACGUGUGUGCCCGUGGGUCAUGGACGGGCGGGCGGUGCUGAUCCAAGCGCUGCUGGCGGCAGUGUGCUCGGCGGCGGCGGGCGGGCUGCGCCGGGACGAGCUCCACAACGAGGUGCUGCACAAGGGCGGCGGCGGGGUGCCGGUCCCGGCCACGGCCCCGCUGCUCGGCGGCAGCCCGGAGAAGGAGGGAGGCGGAGCGGCCUCGGGGGACGACUUCAGCGAGCUGCCGAGAGUUGCCUUCCUGUCAAAGCCUCAAGGCCUCGUUACUCCCAAGAAAAAAGGGAACGGCAAUAAAAGAAGAAAAGGCAAAGGUCUGGGGAAGAAGAGAGACCCGUGCCUGCGGAAGUACAAGGAUUUCUGUAUUCACGGCGAGUGCAAGUACAUCCGAGAGCUGGGAGCUCCCUCUUGCAUAUGCCAGCCAGGCUAUCAUGGAGAGCGCUGCCAUGGCCUCUUGCUGCCGGUGGAGCACCCUCCCAGCGCCUACGACCACACCACAGCCCUGGCUGUCGUCGCUGUUGUCCUGUCCUCCCUGUGUCUCGUCAUCAUCGCAGCCCUGCUGAUGCUCAGGUGUCACAAGAGGGGUGGCUACGAUGUAGAAAACGAAGAGAAAAUCAAGCUGGGCAUCACUGUGAAUCACUGAGGAUGCCAGGUGCUGGCGAGGGGCCGGCACUGAUGCACUUCUACCUCCUGGAAGAGGCGAGACCGCGGCGCCAGCGGCACGGAGCUGCGGCACGCUGGGGGCUCGCUGGAGCGCCAGGACGGCACGGGCGGGGCUGCUCGGGCAGCGGCGGCACUGCGGCAGCUCCAUGGCCAUCUCCGGGACGGAGCGGUGCUGACCGGGGGCACGGGGGCUCUCCGGCGGCUCUCCGUCCACUGCAGUGUGUGCCGAGGAACAAGCUGUGAAAGAGAGGAGACCGGGCUCGGGGCUUCCUUCGCCGCAGGAGGGAAGGGGGGUGGGGUGGGGAGGGUAACAGCUAUUUAACAAGAUAUUUUUCAUUUUAAAUUAUAUAUUUAUUUUAGAUAAACUGUACAUAGUAUUUAUAUUUAUUGUAGGACUGGCCCUGCAUCCUUCAUGUACGUCAAGAUGACAGGGUCAGACCUCCCUUAUUUUUUAAGUGCAAUGUAAUAUUCUAAUAAAUAACACUUUGUAACA